AAAAAAAAAAGUUUCAAAAAAGACAAACCAAACCAAUUACCUUUAUUAUAAUAAAAUCAAUCACUAUAUAUAAAUGCAAAGGCUUUCUCACAAAAGUUCUGGAUAUGAACCCCUCUCAAUUGAGAGAUAAUUCAUCAAAGUUAAAGAAUUUCUCUCUAAAUUAAGAUGGGUUUAUGGAAUAAUAAUAAUAAUAAUCUUAAUUUACAAAACAACAAUAAUUUCUUCUUUCAAACACCAACUUUCAUUGAAUGGCUGAAGCCAAUUUCAUCUUCAUCAUCAUCAUCUUACUCUUGUUCUCCUCCUAAUUCUUCUUCUAGUACUUCCUCUUAUUCGAGCUCAAUUACCACUACUAAUCGAGAUUAUUAUUAUGUUAAUAAUAAUAAUUCUCGAAUUAGUAGUAAUAGUAGUACUAAUGGUACUGCUCUGCAAUGUUUGCCUCUCUUAAACAGACUCGAUAAUGAUCAUAAUCACGAGAUAAAACCUAAUUUGAAAGUUGAAGAGGAUACUUUCGAGAAAGUUACUUUGCAUAUAGGGUUACCAAAUACAACUGUUGUCGCUGAUGAUUAUGAUCAUUGUGAUUCUACUGAGUUUUCUGAUGAUCAUCAUCGUCAUGAUGAUGAUGAUGAGAAGCAUAUCAAAGUUAUCGAUCGUUUCAAGGAAGAAAAAGAAGAAGAAGAAGAAAAAGACGAUGAUCAUGAUCGUGACCAUGAUAAAAAUAAUGAAGAGGAAGAAGUGGUAGUAAACAUGAAGAAGCAUAUUAAUAAGAGCUUUGAAUGUUCUUUCAAUAUGGAAAGUAGGUUUUGGAUCCCAACUCCAGCACAAAUUUUAGUUGGUCCAAUGCAAUUUGCUUGCUUUAUAUGCCAUAAGACCUUCAAUAGGUACAACAAUAUGCAGAUGCAUAUGUGGGGACAUGGAUCGGAGUAUCGAAAAGGGCCAGAUUCACUGAAAGGAACACAACCAGCAGCCAUGCUGAGGCUGCCGUGCUAUUGUUGCGCGCAGGGGUGUAAGAACAACAUCAACCACCCGCGCGCUAAGCCACUGAAGGACUUUCGCACCCUCCAAACUCACUACAAGCGCAAACACGGGCUCAAGCCCUUUCGUUGUCGCAAGUACUCUUGUGGAAAAACAUUCGCAGUCAAGGGUGACUGGCGAACCCACGAGAAGAAUUGUGGUAAGCUCUGGUACUGCACUUGUGGCUCAGAUUUCAAGCACAAGAGGUCUCUCAAGGACCACAUCAGGUCUUUUGGUAACGGUCAUUCUCCUCAUCCUUCUCUCGAAGGCUUUGACCACGAUGAAAAGGAGUGUGUCACUGCAGGGUCUGAGGAUGAGGAGCUAAUAAUGACCACCCAUGCGUAAUAACUGCAUGCAUGCAUGUUUAUAUAAAAAUAGACACGUAUGCAUGCAUUAUAUAAUGCCUUUGGAAAAAAGCUUGUGCUCGGUAACAAAACAUUCUCAUGCAAGACAGCAGGGAGGGGUUUGCUACCGAGCACUUUGCUUGACAUAUAAGGUAUUCAUAUAUAUAAGAGUAUUAUUAUGUGUAGAAAAGAGAGAGUUUAUGAGUUUUAAUUAAUGGUGUUUAUGUUAGAAUAAGAGUAUUUAAUUAUUGAUUACCUAAAAGGGUCCAUGAAGCAUAUGAAUUUUCUUGUCAAUAAUCCACUCACAUCACCAAAAAAAAGGUGUUGUAUUGAUGAGAAUAUUGGAGAAAAUUUAUCUGCUUCAUAUGUUUCCAAUAUUGGUGAUCUUUAAUUAUUAAUUACAUGCAUUAAAUUAUGUAUCAAAUGAGGAGUUUAAUAUGGUUAUCAAAAAAAAAAAAAAGAUGAUGAGUUUAAUUAAUUUCAUCUUUCUUUUUUCUUUUAAUUUGAUUUCUUUUGGUUAAUAUUUCUCUUUCUGUCUAUUUUAUAUUAAAUCAAUCAACUUUAUUUCUUGCCAAAGGCAAAAGG